CCAUGGUGAGGGCUGCUCUGUCUACUUCUGCCUACCUACCGGCCUACUGCUGGUCAUUAAGCUGCUAAACUGGCCACAACUGAAGGCUCCACGCCCCAGGGAGGAAACCACUCAAGAGGCGUCCUUGCUCCCUCGCACCCCAAACCAUCAAUUAAUAUUAACAAGACAGAAUGCUCCUCGCUGCCUAAAGACCCCCAACGGGGUACAAAUGGAGCAGAAGCCCCGCCUCGUGACUCAGGAGGUUAAAGGGCUUGGCUCCAUCUGUGAGUCCAGAGUGUCCGGAUGGCGAGUGGCGACAGGAAGGUCACCAUCCAGCUGGUGGAGGACGGGGCCGGGGCUGGAGCCAGGGGCCCACAGCUCUUUAAAGGCCAGAACUACGAAGCCAUCCGAACAGCCUGCCUGAAUUCUGGGAUCCUGUUUCGUGACCCUUGCUUUUCUGCUGGUCCUGAUGCCCUUGGCUAUGACAAGCUGGGACCCGACUCAGAGAAGGCCAAAGGCGUGGAAUGGAAGAGGCCCCAUGAGUUUUGUGCUGAGCCCCAGUUCAUCUGUGAAGACAUGAGCAGAACUGAUGUGUGCCAAGGAAGCUUGGGAAAUUGCUGGCUUCUUGCAGCUGCCGCCUCCCUCACCCUGUACCCCAGACUCCUGUACCGGGUGGUUCCCCCUGGACAAGGUUUCCAAGAUGGCUACGCAGGGGUCUUCCAUUUUCAGCUCUGGCAGUUUGGCCACUGGGUGGACGUGGUGGUAGAUGACAGACUGCCUGUGCGUGAGGGGAAGCUGAUGUUCGUGCGCUCAGAACAAAGGAAUGAAUUCUGGGCACCUCUGCUGGAAAAGGCCUAUGCCAAGCUUCAUGGCUCCUACGAGGUGAUGCGUGGAGGCCACAUGAACGAGGCUUUCGUGGACUUUACAGGAGGUGUGGGUGAAGUCCUCUACCUGAGACAAAACACUCCAGGCCUCUUUGCUGCCCUUCGCCAUGCACUGGCCAAGGAGUCCCUUGUGGGUGCCACUGCCCUGAGUGACCGGGGUGAGAUCCGCACAGAUGAAGGGCUGGUGAAGGGACAUGCGUAUUCUGUCACAGGUACACACAAGAUGUCCCUGGGCUUCACUAAGGUGCGGCUGCUGCGGCUGAGGAACCCUUGGGGCCGUGUGGAGUGGUCCGGGCCCUGGAGCGACAGCUGUCCACGCUGGGACAUGCUCCCCUCUGAGUGGCGAGAUGCCCUGCUUGUGAGAAAGGAGGAUGGUGAGUUCUGGAUGGAGCUUCAGGACUUCCUCACGCACUUCAACACGGUCCAGAUCUGCUCACUGAGCCCUGAGGUGCUCGGCCCCAGCCCCGCUGGCGGAGGCUGGCACAUGCACACCUUCCAAGGCCGCUGGGUGAAAGGUUUCAACUCCGGCGGGAGCCAGCCCAGUGCUGAAACCUUCUGGACCAAUCCCCAGUUCCGGCUGACGCUGCUGGAGCCUGAUGAGGAAGAGGAUGAAGAUGAUGAAGAGGGACCCUGGGGGGGUUGGGGAGCAGCAGGGGCGCGGGGCCCAGCGAGGGGAGGCCGCAUCCCCAAGUGCACUGUCCUCCUGUCGCUCAUCCAGCGCAACCGCCGGUGUCUGAGGGCCAAGGGCCUCACUUACCUCACUGUGGGCUUCCACGUGUUCCAGAUUCCCGAGGAGCUGCUGGGCCUCUGGGACUCCCCGCGCAGCCGCGCGCUCUUGCCGGGACUGCUGCGCGCCGACCGCUCGGUGUUCUGCGCCCGCCGCGACGUGAGCCGCCGCUGCCGCCUGCCGCCCGGCCACUACCUGGUGGUCCCCAGCGCCUCCCGCGUGGGCGACGAAGCCGACUUCACACUGCGCAUCUUUUCGGAACGCAGCCACACCGCAGUGGAGAUCGAUGACGUGAUCAGCGCCGACCUGGACGCCCUCCAGGUUCCCUACAAGCCCCUGGAGCUGGAGCUGGCACAGCUGUUUUUGGAGCUGGCUGGAGAGGAAGAGGAGCUGGAUGCACUUCAGCUGCAGACCUUAAUAGGCAUCGCUCUGGAGCCUGCUAGGGCCAACACCAGGACUCCUGGAGAGAUUGGGCUGAGGACCUGUGAGCAGCUUGUGCAGUGUUUUGGGCACGGGGGAAGGUUGGCCCUAUACCACUUCCAGGAACUCUGGGGCCAUCUCCUGGUAUGGCAGGCCACAUUUGACAAGUUUGAUGAAGAUGCCUCUGGAACAAUGAACUCCUAUGAGCUAAGGCUGGCACUGAAUGCCGCAGGCUUCCACCUGAACAAUCAGCUGACCCAGGCCCUCACUAGCCGCUACCGGGACAGCCGACUCCGAGUGGACUUUGAACGCUUUGUGUCCUGCGCAGCCCGGCUCACCUGCAUCUUUCGCCACUGCAGCCAACACCUGGAUGGUGGUGAGGGGGUCGUCUGCCUGACCCACAAACAGUGGUCGGAGGUGGCUACCUUCUCCUAGGGCAGAAGCUGAGGGAGGUCACCCUGCUCCAGGCCCGAGGUGCCCUGCUUGGCACCGGUGGUGGAAGCUGAAUAUGGAUGAGCACCUGCCUGGGGCUGGGGCCCAACCUACCGUUGCACAGGUGGUGGUGUGGCAGUGGUGCCUGUCUUCUGGCUAGGUAGCCCCGGCUGGCCUCUCAAGCCCUGCGGUUAGAGUGAGCCUCCGUGAAGAGAACUGCCUUCUUUCCUUGUAAAGGCCAAGCACGUGCUGGCUCCUGCGUAGAGAGGCCCACACCCACACAGGGAGAAGAAGAUGACACCAGAGUCCUUCUUAAAAAUAUUACAUGUUUUAUUCUCCCAUCCCCAGAGGGUGGUUUAUCCAGAAACCAAGAAAAUAAAAAUCAAUCAGAAUAAACUCAAAGGGGGAAACCCAUCCACUACCAGGCAGGCAGGCCAGCAGCCCACCUCCACCUCAGGAGGUCCCAGAGACCCCUGCCCACCGCAAACAAGGGGAAAUCAGGAGGGGGUUGGGGAGGCCAUCGAAUCAGCUAUGUCUUCAUUACGAGAGUGAGAGAGGUGGCAGAGAUAUGCGGCUAGAUGGAUAUAUAUUUAUAUAAUAAAUCCGUAAGUUAAUAAAGUAAAUAGUAAUUCUCUGGAAGUUUUUUAAUUUUUAUAGUCUUUUUAAUAGUUUUUUAAU